UCUGUUUGGUAAACGAGAAAAUGAAACACAGAAAUUGUGUGAACUUUAUAUUAAUGUAAUUUUCAUAUGUUUUCAUUUAACAUUCUCAUAAUUUUGGUUUAAUUUUUACAAUAAACAUUUCAAAAACUUAAGAUAUUGCAACAGACACAACUUCAAAUAAGCUAAGCAAACAAUAAAUUUGUCUCUUUUGAAGCAGUUUGAGAUGAGUUUGCAGAAUAACAAUUACAUUUAUAUAUGAAUUCAACGGAAAUUAAUGAAAUGUUUGUAUAAUUUCAGUAAGUAUAAAAAUUGCUGAAAAUUAACCGCAAAUCGAAUAUAUACAAUCUGAGGCACUAUUAAACACUUAUAAUUCUCUCCAUGGUGCGUCACAAUUCUUACCUAUAAAUAAGUAAACAAUAAAAAUAAUGUAAAGAAACGUUGGCGAGGUAAUCAGUUCAAAUUCUGCAACUCGAUAAGGAGGUUCGUCUUUACUUGUGCAUUUAAAAGUGACCUGAAGUAGUUGAGAAACUAAAUUGGGAAUAUAAACUAUUAUUUUUAGUAUAUUCAAUUGAUGACGCUUUAUAAAUAUGUACUUAAGAGUUGUGCAACUAGAAUUAACUAUAUAUACUCUAUAACUUCGUGAUUAAUAACCGACGUAAAGCUCAAUGCACAGUGAAAAUGAGUGUACAAUAAGUUCUAAAUUUAAUAGAAAAAUUAAUAUUUCUACAGCUCCAACAAAAAAGAAGAAGCAUGUCGAAUCGCCAUAUUCCGAUGCUCAAAGUCCUGCUCUUGGGGGAUAUGUCCGUUGGGAAAACUUCUUUGAUGCGUCGUUACGUAAACAAAACUUUUACCUCCAACUAUAAAAGUACGAUUGGUACGGAUCUUGGCACUAAGCGAUUGGUUAUAAAUGAAAGCUUGGUGAAUUUGCAGAUAUGGGACACAGCAGGACAAGAAACAUGUGGAAGUCUGGGCACGAUUUUCUAUCGUGGAGCCGAUUGCUGCUUUCUUGUCUUUGACGUUACGAGCCGAAAAUCCUUCCAGAAUCUGAGCAAGUGGUGGGAGGAUUUCUUUUUGAUAGCUGGAAUAAAAAAUCGCGACAAAUUUCCACUUGCCGUGGUGGGAAAUAAAAUUGACUUGGAAAAUGAGAGAGAAGUCUCAAAGCGAGAAGCUCAGCAGUGGUGCAAAUCGUUUUCCGUUCCCUACUUUGAAUGCUCGGCGAAAGAUGGCAGAGACGUGCAACUGGCGUUUGAAUCGUUGGCAGAGAAAGCCAUGGCCAUCCAGGACGAAAAGUGGGUCGAACCUGUCACUUACUUUAAUGAGUCCUUCGUAAUAGUGGAAGCACCUCCGGAAAAACGACGAAAGAAGUGCGACUGCAACUAAAAAGAGAUUGAUUUCGUUUUAAAAAUACAUUAAUAUUAAUAAAUAUAUUUAAAUGUAUAAAUUACAUAAUAUUUUUAAUGAAAUUAUUAAAUUUAUUAUGAACUAAUAUGCA